UGGUUUCAUCCCGGUUUCUCACUCCUCCGCCUCGUGUUUCUUUCCUCCCUUAUCUUUCUCUCUCUAUUUUUAUUUUAAAUAUAUUUUAAAAAUUGGGAAAUCAUAAAUUAGAUUUCCGAUUUCGACGGUGGCCUCGCUGUGUUUUCUGACCGUAUCGGAUCUGGGCUUUCUUCGCUUUCUUCUCAAGGGUUUUCUUCUGUUGAUAGCUGGGAGGAGGAAAUAGAGGGUGGAUUGGAUUUUUUUAAUGGUUGAUUAUUGAGUGGAAAAGUGUGCCAUCCGUGGAAAGCAAGUUAUAAUUUCUGCUAUUGUUGAUGCUUUAGAAUUAAUUACGCCUUAAAUUGAAAAGGGUUGUUCACUUGAUGAAGCCAGAUAUUUCUGUGGCUUGUAUUCACAUUUAAGAAUAAUAUAUUUCAAAAGGGAAGUUUUGUGUUAUGGGUUGAACUUUUGGGUUUUUGGCGAUAUUGCUGGUUUGGUCAAUUGGACAGUGAGGAGCUAGUUGAUAAUUAGAUUGGGAUUUUGGGCUAUGAUGGAUCUUACAGGUUCAAGGGAUAAUGGGUUUAGAGUUGAUCUGGAACUUGGCGUUCCAACCAGUGAUGAAGAGUUGAAUACGACCCCUGUUUCUGGCUCUAAACGACAGGCUAAGACAUUGAUAGCUAAGUUUUGUGGCGGUUUUGUUGAUGGGUUGAUCAAGGCUGAAGAUGGGGUUAGUUGUGGGAAUGUAUCUAACGGCAAUGGAGUUUCUCUUGAGAGUGUCAAGGUGACAGAUAAGAUGUUGGAUGGAGAAGAGACUACUGGUCAUGUAGAGAAGACAUCAUCAGUGAAGGAGAAACGGAAAAAGAGUGGCAAUUGUAAACCUCCAAAGCCUCCUAGACCUCCUAGAGGCCCAUCGUUGGAUGCAGCGGACCAGAAGCUAAUCAGGGAAAUUUCUGAGCUUGCCAUGCUGAAGCGUGCUAGAGUUGAGCGGAUGAAAGCCUUAAAGAAGAUGAAAGCUGCAAAGUCUUCUUCUUCUAGCAGCAAUCUUUUUGCUACGGUGUUCACCAUCCUCUUCUUUCUUGUGAUACUCUUUCAUGGUAUUUCAUCAAGAAGUUCUACCGAGAGUCUCCAAGGACCUUCUAUGUCGGCAGGUGCAACAGAGGGUGGUAGGCUGAUAUCAGUUCAGUUCUAUCCGAUACCAUCAGCAAGCAUACCAAAUGGUUCUGGUUCUGGUUCUGGUUCUGGUUCUGAGUCUCCCAAUAUGGUAGAGCAAGUAGCUGGUGCAGAACCGCAAGAGAAACUGAGAAGAUAUGCAGGAUGAUAUGUGAUGUUCUUUUGUAAAUGAGAGGUUUAUUAGCUAAGUUCAAGCGUUUUCCAAGACAAAUUUGAAGUUCUAAUGCAAGCUGUUUGAUCAGCUUGCUCUUUUUUGUACACGCAGAGCCUUGUGAAGCUGAAUUCGAUGUGUUUAUUUGUUCCCUUUUUGUAUAUAAAUUAAUAUUUUGGGAGAGUUA